AGGGUACUUCUCACAAGCAGCUAGCUCGAACAGUGUUGUUGAAGUUGCCGUCUGUAGUCUAACGUUUAAUUCUUCUCGUUGAGUUUCCAGCAAAAGCAACAUGUCCGAGAGAAAAGUAUUGAAUAAAUACUACCCUCCGGAUUUUGAUCCAUCCAAAAUCCCAAAACUUAAACUCCCAAAAGAUCGUCAGUAUGUGGUCAGAUUGAUGGCUCCUUUCAAUAUGAGGUGUAAAACAUGUGGCGAGUACAUCUACAAGGGGAAGAAGUUCAAUGCACGCAAAGAGACUGUUCAGAAUGAGCUGUACAUGGGACUUCCCAUCUUCCGUUUCUACAUCAAAUGUACCCGGUGUCUCGCUGAGAUUACGUUUAAGACUGAUCCAGAGAACACAGACUAUGCAAUGGAGCAUGGUGCAACACGAAACUUCCAGGCUGAGAAACUGAUAGAGGAGGAGGAGAAGAGAAUCCAACAGGAGAGGGAGGAAGAAGAACUGAACAAUCCCAUGAAGGUGUUGGAGAACCGCACAAAGGAUUCCAAGAUGGAGAUGGAAGUUCUGGAGAACCUCCAGGAGCUGAAGGAGCUGAACCAGAGGCAGGCCCAGGUGGACUUUGAGGGAAUGAUUGACCGGUACAGAGAGCUGGAGAGGAGAGAGAGGGAAAGGGAGAAAGAAGAGGAUGAGCGAGAGACAAAAGAGAUGUUGGACCGUGCCCUCGUGAAAAGACUCAGAGACUCUGACUCUGACUCGGAGAAGGAGGAGGAGAGCAGCAGAAGCUCGCAGUCAAACAAAUCUAACACAGACAAGCCAACAGAUAUCCUCACCAUUGACAAACCCACAGAGGCACUGGGAGCCUCAGCGGGAGGAGUGAAGAGGGCCAAGGUGGAGAGCUGGGAGAGGAGUGUUGGGGCACUGGGCGGUGGAGGGGCAUUAGGGUCUCUGGUGGUGCGAAAGAAACCAGCAGUGACUGUCACCAAACCUGGUCCAGUGGCAACCGCUGCUGCUCCCACAUUACAAACAGAUUCAAAGGCAUCUACAGCUGACUCCAAGAAUGCCUCUCAGCCCGUUACCUCACAAAAUGCCUCAUCAUCUCUCAGCCUGCUGGGGGCGUAUUCAGACAGUGACAGCAAUGACAGCGACUGAAAAGAAGAUGCUCAGGAUGGACGUUGAUUUGAGUGACUGUCAUAUAAUUGCAUAAAUGAUGCAGAAAGGAGUUUAAUAAUAUGGAACUUGAAAUCAUAUGUAAACCAGUUUCUGGGUCUCUUCUCUGAAAACUUUUUUCAUAAACACUGAUGUAAAGAUUAACAAGUCACUGUGAUGGUUGGCAGUCAUGAGCAGGAAUUGUGUUGUCUGCUGUUGAAACACAGUGAAACAAAAAGAAUUCCUUCGCUGAUCCACUGGUUCAUUGACCUGUUGUUACAGAGAAUUUAACCCAGAAAAAUGUUCUUGUUUGAAUUUUUGUGGGUCAUAUUUGUCCUGAUUAAAUAUCAGGUAUAUAUUUUAGUGUUUAUUAAAAUCUGUUUACUUUAACUCUUUGUCUCUGACAUGUUUUGACAUCUUUAAAUACCUCUCUUUUAAUAUACAUGUUAAUGUAGGAUCAGGGACCCUGGAAACACUCCUUACUCAAGGUCCACUUAAUUUUUGUGGACCUUUGAUUGUCUUCAGAGCCAUAACAUGACUGCUAUUUACAUUAACCCUAUUUUGUAUUUUCCUGUUAUCAGAAGCUCUCUCACAGCUAACCGAUUUUAUGAGUCGACUGCAUCCUCUAAGACAUGAAUUGCACUGAUAAAUAAUAGAUAUGGCUG